AUGGCCGCUAAACUCAUUCUUUUCGUCUGCGCCAUCGCCCUCGUAGCCCAGGGGAUCAGUGGGGGAAGAAUGCUGGGGGCUUUUGGUGGGCAGCAUGGUGGCUUUGAUUCGCAGGGAAACUGUACCGGCAACGGUACACACCUCGGGCAAACCGGUGGCGUAACUGGCAGGAUGGCUGGAGGCUCGCAGCACUUAGAGAUGAUUUCAAAUGGAUGUGGUGCUGCCAUAGACAAGGAAUUCGUUAGAAACGGCACACGAUUCGUGAUCGGUCUGUGGCAUGGACGCGGUGUCUCACAGUGGAUCGGUGCUGGCAACGGUAGGGAGUUCGUACAGAAUAGUCCGGUGAAAGCAGCGCCGGUUGGCAUCAGCGGCGUGUUCGGACGCAAUGGCUGCUGUAAAUAA